AUGAAACUCGUCACUCUUUCUACUCUCCUACUGUUGUCGUCUCUGUUCGCAGUUUCCUGUUCGCACUGGAACCCUCCCAUACUAUCGAGAAGGCGAUUACUCCCACGAGAAUAUCGAAGCCCGAAGAACCUCGACAAAGGGCAGAAUAACAUCGAUAGACUUAACCGGAGCCCUCCAAUAGACUCCGACGCCAUCCCGCAGUACGUUCUACCUCCGUCUAAAGAGACAGCUCGCGGCGAUAUGGGUGGCGGUGUCCGUGUGUCAGAUAUCCUAGGGAAGACUCGAGAGGUCAACAUGUUUGCCUCCAUGACGCGAGGUGACGAGAAUAUCUCCAUGCGUCUAGACAACGAUAGCAAGGAUACGAUAGUCCUAGCUCCUAACAAUGUUGCUAUCCAACGCCUAUCUCACAAGCCAUGGGAGAAUCCUAGCGAAUACACGGCCUUUGGAACACAGGAGGCGUAUGCGGGUGCAGCAGGGCAGAAACGAGCUUCUCAAAACCUGGAGAAGUUUGUUGCAGCACAUUUGAUACCUCAGGGCUCUUGGAAUGCGGGCAAGGAAGUUGAAACUCUUGGGGGAAGGAAAAUAUUCUGGGAAGAGAAGGAUGGGAAGAAAUACAUCCAUCCAGGCAAUAUCGAGGUUGAGGAUAUAGUCUCUCAGGUCGCCAAUGGUGAAGUUUGGGUUAUAAACGGCGUUAUCGACUACUUGUGA